AUGGAAGAAGUGAACUAUGCCGCCCACAAGCACGAAGACCUGAGACCGGCUGGAACCACAAGGGUGAGGCUGCUGCUGCCCGUGACCUCGUCACAGACCCAACAGAAGAGAGAACUCGCGUUGAUCAGGCUCUGCUCCUUCAACACCAUAAGACUCCUCAGACCCCUCCAGGACCAGACACACAGCCUUUUAUUUAUGUUAAUAUUUUAUUUAUUUAUCUAUUUAUUUGGCUGCCUUGGUUCUGAUUUGCAGGUGCGGGAUAGUCCCUACCUCUGGUGGGAUCUUGCUUGUAGCGCAGAGACUCACCAGCUGUGGGGCGAGGGCUCAGCUGCUCCUGGGCUGUGA